CCAGCAUUAAUUUCUCUUUUCACUUUCUUUCCUAAUCAUCACUUAUUUCCUUCUGCGUGAGUUUACGGAGGAGAGGUAUGGGUGUCCCCCUCUCUCUCCACCUCCUUCCCAUGUGACUGAGCACUCCCAGUAUCAAGUGAAACUUUUCAGCUCGCAGGACAGCUCGGUUUCCUCGGCACCCGCUCUCCGGGGAGAAGCAGCACCUCCGGCACCGUGCUGGCCAUGGGGAGCAGUGCACGGCAGCUCAUCUCGCUGACCCUCGCCUGUGUGUUUUCCUCCUGCUUUGCUGAAGUGGCCCUUGGGGUCGAACUGUCUUCAGACACCACAUCCUUCCACAAAAUGGCUACUUCUGCUCAGUCACUUUCCCUUUAUCAUUCUUCACCCCAUCAAAGCACCACAGUUUAUUUUAACAGCACAGGCCCUCUUCAAACAACACCUGCGAGCCACAGAACAACCAAGCAGACAACAGAGCAGCUCCAGGCAACCUCAGCUCCAGGCCAGCACACAGCAGCCCAGGCAGGAGCAGGCACCGUGUCCACAACACCCACAGACAGCCCCAGCACGGCCGGCCAGGCCACGGCCCCGGCAAUGCGCUCAGGUACAGCUGCAGUGAGGAACACAACCACCCCCUCUGUGUCCUCCACCAGCCAUGGCAGGAGACCAGGUGUGACCACGGGAACUACAGCAGCGGCCACCAACACCUCCCUGAAGCACGAGACAGCAAGUAGCCGGGGGGCAGCUGCCACCACCACCUCUGCAGCCAGCAGCACGCACAGGGCUGGGUCCACCACACGAUCACGGAGGCAAACAACAGCCACUGGUGGUCCAACUGCCACGGCUGUGACCAGCACAGCCACCCAUGCAGGGACACACACAGCCCCCACGUCCCCUGCCAGCACAGUGAGACCCCCUCCCACCCCACAGCCCUCUGACAUCCCCACAGGCACCUACACCCUUUCUGAUGGGAAUGGGACCUGUGUCAAAGCUGUCAUGGGUCUGCAGCUGAUGGCUCGAAAUACACAACAGGAGCAGAUGGAAUAUGUGACUGUCAACCCCAAUGCAACAAAGAUAUCUGGAAGCUGUGGGAUGGUGCAGUCUCAGCUGAACUUAACUUUUAGCGGAGGAUUUGUAAACAUCACCUUUGUAAAGCAAGCUCCAAGUUACUCUGUCACUAAAAUUGAGAGUAGAAUACAGUUAUCUUCUCAAGGUAUGGUUUACUAUGCAGCCUUAAAUGAGAAGCUGUUCACAACAAAGCUGGGGAAUUCCUUUAAGUGUGCCAGCAGGCAAACCUUCUCCUUGGAGAGGAACUUCCAGAUCCUCUUUGUUCAUAUGCAGCUGCAGGCAUUUGACAUUGUGGGUAACCAGUUUGGAAGAGAAGAAGAAUGUUUUCCUGAUAGAAACAGCAAAGUAGCUCCCAUUGCAGUGUGCCUGAUUAUCCUGGGAUUGUUUGUCAUUGUGUUUGCCACCUUCCUGAUCUCCAGAAGGAAGCCACAUAGAGGAUAUGAACGCAUCUGA